UUAGUUCAGUCAACGGCAAUUAUUCGAUUCAAAAACAACGACCGUUAUAACGCGACGGCUGAAAAUGCGUUUUUAAGAAAGAAGACAUUCAAUUGUUUUUUUUUUUUUGCAAUAAGUCGGCAUAUUGGAAUUACAAAAAAAAAAAACACAACAAAGAAAAUAGAAACGUGCCUGUUUUACGUGUAACAAAAGCUAUAAUUUUGUAUAGCAUAUAGACACGUGGAAAAAUUAGAAAAAAUCAAGAAAAUAAUCAGUAAUUAACAGGAGAAGAAAAAAAUUGUGAUCUCAUAAAUUAAGUGUGUGUGUGUGGGACAUUAUUUUCAACAAAAGACUUCCUGACUUAAAUCAAUAUCUUAUAGAGAAAUAAAAUCGCCAAACUUGUAUGCACAAAAAAAAAAAAACAAAACUUAAUGCAAUAAAUAUUCAAAUUAAACAAUUGCGGUUUGAAAUACAAUAAAACAAAAAAAAAAAAAAAAAAAAAACGACCACAACUACGAAAAACACCAAAAACCAAAUGAUAAAUAUUGAACUCGAGCACAUAUCAUAAAGCACAAAAAAAUUCCUAUAAACAAUAAAACAAACAAAAGCGAUCAUAUAAAAAAAGAUAAGAAAUACCUCAGUAAAGAUAAAAAAUAAGCAGUAUAUAGCAAAGAAAAAAUUCGACACAAUCAUGGAGUAUAUGGAAUAUGCCACCUUAGCUUGGGAAUACUUGCCCUAUGCCUUCUAUGCCUUUGUAUUCCUGACCUUAAUCCCAAAGUCGGUGGGAAAAAUCAAUGCUUUUGCCAAAGCCAACUAUGAGGCAAAUCGUUACAAAUAUCAUCGCUGCUAUGGACCUGAGCUAUGUUGUCAUAUUCUGGAGGGGGGAGAGGAGCAUUUACCCAAACAAAAAUCCCGCAAAGCGGUCACCCGAGUAUAUCCCAAAAAGCAGGUUGGCAAGAAGGAUGCAAAACCUGCUUCUACAGUCAGUGUGGAAGAACCUGCCAAUGUCUAUAAACGCCAGGUUCACACUCACACCAAUGUCAAUAAAAUAGCAAAGAUGUUCGAAAGUGGAGGUGUCCAAAAGAAAAUCAAUCGGGUGACGCCUACCGUUUUACCCGAUUUCCGCAGAUGUUCUAUGAACUUCGACGAUGAGGAGGAAAUGUACGAGAGAAAAGAUAGCUUGACUGUGCCCAAAGUCGAGGUGUGCAUGCCCAAGAAAAGGGAGAAUGUGGUAUUGCGCCGUUUGCCCAAGCUAAGCCAAGAGUUGGAGGAAAACAAUGAAAAUUCCUCAAAUGUCUUAAACCAAAUGCCCAGGGAGGAAGUCCCAACGGAUUUUAAGGCCAGUUGGCGCAGUGAACCCAUAGCCAUACAAAAGCCAAAGCGUGAAAUUCCUGCCCCUUUGAGUUUGCACGAACUGAGUUCGGCCACACCCUCCACAAUGUCGCCAUCCCAUUCUUCGCCGCCGUCUUCACCCCACUCGGAGUGUUCACCGGUGGCCCUAUCACCUCUGGAGCGUUUCGCCCCAAUGCUGAAUAUGAAAUCCAGCCUAGAAGAUAUCUUUGCCGCCAUAGCCAAGAGUGCCGAGGAUUCUGAUGGUUUUCUAUAUCGAAGCUGCAGUUCCCUAUCACCGGUGACUUCUAUCGAUGACAUACUUUCAGAGAGACGUCUGUCGCGACCCUUAUCGGCCUAUUCCAUAAGCGAUCUGCUAAACGAUGAUCACAGUGGUAAUAAUAAGGCUUUGGAUGAGGCUUCAUACAUGGAAAGUUAUCUUAAAGUUUUGAAUAAGACCUGAGAAAUUUAAGACUCUGUAGCCUUUUGGUCAGUAAGAAUUUAUUUUUGUGAUUCCCCGGGGAAAAUAGAAUAAAAGUGCCAUCAAAAAACAAGAGUUUUACUCACCAUGGCACACUAUAAUACUGCAGAUAAGUGUUCUGAUUCUGAUUCUGCUUCAAUGCAAUCAGUCAGUGUGUGUAUAUGAGUCAGUUUUUCCCCAUUCCUUAAUCCUUCCGAAAUUUUUUGUAAAUUAUUUACUAUUUUUAAGAGCUAGAUCAAGUCUCAAAGUUCACAAAUCAAUUGUUUUUAAAGCUUUAAAUAAAAUUUUGUUCUCUUUAAGUCCAUCUUAAACAAAACUCUAUUUAAUACAUCAAAAGUGUAUUUUAUUCAAAUGUAUCUUACGAACCACAAAAUUUAUUCGCCCAAAUGCUGUCUGUAUUUUGUUUGCGCUGCAUUUGCACUUAACCCAAAUUUUUGCCUGUUUGAAAAACAUUUAAAACAAAAGUUUUGUUAGAAAAAUUCUUUAUUUUCCCUAGAAAAUAAGUUGUUAUUUAAUUUGCUUAUUUAUUUAACUAAAAUAAAUUAAGUUGUAAUUGUAACCCCCACUUUUUUAACAAAUAAAAAU